GAAUUUUUGAGGUUAAAUUUGUUGUUAUUAAAUAUUUAAUUUUUAUUUUUAAUCGUAAUUACUUAUAAUGUCUGACGAUAUAACAUUAGAAAUUGAAGGUACGUUUAUAAAAUGUAAUAAAAACGACCUAAUGUCCAAUAGCGAUUAUUUCAAAGUAAUGUUUGAAGGGGAUUUCGUAGAGAAAAGCAAAAAUACAAUUCAAUUACAAGAUGUCGAUUUAAAAUCUAUGAACAUCAUAUUAACGCUAAUAUGGGACGAAACAUAUUACAUAGAAGAUGAAGAUGUUUUGAUGGUGUUACAAACGGCCUGUAUGCUUCAAUUCGAUAAAAUAAGGCGCGUAUGCAUAGACAAAGUGAUCGAAAUACUUUCCGUACGUAAUUGCCUGAAAAUAUGGGUAAUUGCCGAGCAAUUAGAUUUAAAAGUGAUAUCUCUGAAAGCGAAAACGAUGGCUUUAGAGGAGUUCCUAAUAAUCAAAGACACCGAUAGUGUACUAGAAUUAUCGCUGGAACAAGUAUGCAAUUAUCUGGGAAGCGUUCAUUUAAAAGCCGAUAAUGAAUUAAGCGUUUUUCAAACGGCUAUUAAAUGGUGGUACGAGAACGGUGAACAUUCCAGUACUCAUUUAAUUAAACUUCUAAGUUGCAUAGACUUUAAGAGUAUCAUACCCGAUCACUUUCGAGAGAUACUCACUUACCCUUGUGUAGCUAAUACGGAUAUCGGAAAAUUAUUGAAAUGUUUAUCCAAUUUAAUAAGUAAUAUUAAACCCGAAACGGAUUCGAAAGAUAUAUUAGACAAGGCAUUGCUGUUGAAAGCUUCAAAAACCAGGAUAAAACCCAGUUCACCUUGUAUAUUAGUUAAAUUGGAAGAUAAACAUGCAAACAAUAGUGAAGACAUAACAGUUAAAGAUAAAUACAACAGAAAGAGACAUUACGAAGUGAUAUCACCGAAUAACAACGUAGGUUUAUACAUAUUGCAUUUAGAGAGCAAGUCGAAUAAAUUCCUAGAGUUCUUUUCUCUCAAAGAAAAAAUCGAAGGCUUCAAACUAAUCGGCUACAAGGAGUACAUUUUCAUGUACGGCGGGGAGUAUACAUUGGGUAGGGGCGAUUGGAACAGGAGCUUCUGGGCUUACAAUACCAUCAAAGAUGCCUGGCAAAUGAAAUCUAAUCUACCGUUCCCUAGGAGGCAUUUCGAAGCUUGCAUUGUAGGUUCUAAAAUUUACACAGUAGGUGGAACGGGACCGUUUAGAGUGAGUCAAGAAAAUCUAUUUUGGUACGAUUUCAAGGAAGAUAAAUGGAGCAAAGAAAUUUCAAUACCGGUGUUCGAUAGGCACAUAAAAUGUUGUACCUUUAUGAACAAAGUGUUUUUAUUCAGCGUAACGAAUUGUUGCGGAUACGCCUUCGAUCAAACGGAAAAUUGGACCAUACUACCAGCGAAAAUCGAUAGACAUGCCUUGGACAAUCAACAAGGGUUUUCUUUGUUUACUUACAACAAUAAAAUAUAUCUAAAAGGCAAAAAAUUAAUAGAAUUGCAUCUAAUACAAGAUCGAUUGCAAGUUUCGACGAUUAGGAAAAUCACGAAUAAAACUUACUGCAAAAUCGAGUCGAUUGUUUGCGACAAUUUAGUCUUUACAUUGUACGGAUAUUCGGAAAAUGCCGGCAUUGCCUCGGCAGAUUUCACCUCGUCCGUAUUUUCUUUGGAAAAAUACAACUUAGACUCGGGCGAAAUCGAAUUCGUCUUUGAAGACACGAAUUGCAUACAAGUCAACGAGAAACUAUAUUGCAUUAACGAGAAGUUUCAACUGUUCCCUUUCGUUCACUACACUCUAAUGCAAGACGACGAACUGGUUAAUUGUAACUUGUUAUUUUAAAUACAAAAAAAAUUAAGAAACUGCUUUGUUACUCACCUGCGGUCGCGACCCCAACAACU